CCCCGGUCUCCCCUACCAUUCCACCCCACCGCCCAUCCCAUUCCCCUCCUCCGUCCACCCGCCAGCCCGCCUAACACGGCGCAAGGAGGGAGGGAGAGAGAGAGGGAACCCUCUUCAAACCCUAGGGAACUCAAUCUAUGCAAAUUCCACAAAUUGAAGAACUGAUCUAGCAGCCUUAGCUGCUAACUGUUCGCCUGGUGGAGAUAAUGAUGGAAAGGGAGGACAGAUAUGUUAGAUUUCAGGACUGCAGAUCAGAGCCAUCUGUUAACUCAGAGAACACAGUUUCACCAUGCAGACAUAGUGUAUUUAGAUCACUUAAAGAAAGAACUGGUGGAUUAUUUGCAUUCCUUGGAAACUUUUUCCAUUUGAAAACCUUGAAGAGAUCAAUGCUGGAAGACCGGAAGUCCAUGCAAAAUGCUUUUCACCCUCAAGGACCAUUUCUGCAAAGAUGGAACAAGAUAUUUGUGUUAUCAUGUAUUUUUGCAGUCUCUGUGGACCCAUUGUUCCUCUAUAUCCCGGUUAUCAAUGAUAAAAUUCCUUGCUGGUAUUUGGAUAGGAAGAUGAAAAUCACAGCAAGUGUCCUGCGCUCUUUCACAGAUAUAUUUUAUAUACUCCAUAUCAUAUUCCAGUUUCGGACAGGCUUUAUCACGUCUUCCUCUACAAAUUUUGGCAGGGGUGUAUUGGUCAAGGACAGAUAUGCUAUAGCAAAGCGGUAUCUGUCAACAUAUUUUCUGAUUGAUGUCUGUGCUGUUUUACCCCUCCCUCAGGUGGUCAUUUUGAUCAUUCUGCCUCGUCUUCAGGGCUCACAGUUCAUGAAAGCCAAAAACAUCUUGAUGCUUAUAGUUAUAUGCCAAUAUGUACCUCGGCUAAUCCGGAUAAGGCCAUUAUAUCUUCAAAUCACUAGAUCUGCUGGGAUAAUUACAGAGACAGCAUGGGCUGGUGCUGCCUUCAAUCUAAUAAUUUACAUGCUUGCUAGCCAUGUCCUUGGAGCAGUUUGGUACUUGCUUUCUAUUCAACGGAAAGAUGCCUGCUGGAAACAUGAAUGUAGUCUUAAAACAGGCUGUAAAGCUGCAUAUCUAUACUGUGGGAAUGGUGAUACAAAUGCUGGAAAUGCUUUCUUACAGAAUGUUUGCAUUCCAAGUACGCCCGCAGACAAUCUUCCAGACCCACUCUUUGGAAUCUAUUUGCCAGCUAUAAAUAAUGUUUCGCAAUCAACAAAUUUCUUCGCAAAAUUAUUUUACUGUGUCUGGUGGGGUCUGCAAAAUCUCAGUUCGCUUGGCCAAAACCUAAAAACAAGCACUUAUGCUUGGGAGAAUUUGUUUGCAGUUUUUGUCUCAAUAUCAGGCUUAGUUCUGUUUUCACUUCUGAUCGGUAAUAUGCAGACUUAUUUGCAGUCAGCCACUCUGAGAAUAGAAGAAACUAGAGUGAAAAGCCGUGACACAGAUCAAUGGAUGUCAUAUCGACUUCUUCCUGAUAACCUCAAGGAGCGAAUACGACGUUAUGAACAAUACAGAUGGCAAGAGACAAGCGGGGUUGAUGAAGAGCACCUCCUGAUGAACCUCCCCAAGGAUCUUAGAAGGGCUAUAAAACGACAUCUUUGUUUAUCACUUCUCAAGAGGGUUCCAAUGUUUGAAAAAAUGGAUGAUCAGCUCUUGAAUGCUUUGUGCGACUGCCUAAAGCCUGUUUUGUACACAGAAGGUGGCUACAUCGUUCGUGAGGGGGAUCCAGUAAAUGAAAUGAUCUUUAUCACGAGAGGAAACCUCAUGAGCAUGACAACAAACGGUGGAAAAACUGGCUUCUUCAACUCUGAUGUUCUGAAAAGCGGAGAUUUCUGUGGCGAGGAGCUUCUUACCUGGGCUCUUGAUCCCAAUUCAGCAACCAGUCUCCCCAGCUCAACCAGGACAGUGAAGUCAAUGUCUGAAGUUGAAGCCUUUGCUUUGAUGGCUGAAGACCUGAAGUUUGUAGCCACACAGUUUCGCCGGCUACACAGCAAACAGCUCCGGCACACCUUCAGGUUCUAUUCCCAGCAGUGGAGAACUUGGGCCGCUUGUUUCAUACAAGCGGCCUGGCACAGGCGCUGCAGAAAGAAGAUGGAAGAUGCUCUGCGCGAGAAGGAGGAGAGGCUGCAACUCGCGAUUGUGAACGACGGUUCCACUUCGCUCAGCUUUGCUGCGGCAAUAUACGCUUCACGUUUUGCUCGCAACAUGAUGCGGACCUUGAGGAGAAAUGCCACCCGGAAGGCCCGGCUGCAGGAAAGGGUGCCUGCAAGGCUGUUGCAGAAGCCAGCAGAACCCAACUUUUCCGCCGAGGAGCAGUAGUUUGCAUGAGUGCCUUGAUGGUGUUAUUUUCUGCACGAUCUGUGCAGUUGCAUCGCUGAUGUUGCUUACGGUUUUCGCUAGCGGCUCAAAGGUGAGCCGGAGGUUCGCAGUAGCGUAAUGAUUGAAUGAUGAUAUAUUGCUACCUGGUGUAGACAGUAACACAUAUAGGUAAUGGUGUGAUUUGAUUAGUUAUCUGGUCUUGUGUGCUGUACAUCAUUUGUGCAUAGUGAGCGCAGCCUAGUCCUCUUUGUGUUGCCAUCAGAGGAUGCAGCAUAGUCCCACUGUGUUAGCAGCUGAUAAGUGCGUUUACCCGCAGGUACAAACUCGUAUGUGGACUUACAUAACAUAGAAUUAAAUGGAUUCUUACAUUAUUUCCAUA